AUGAGUGCUAGUGACAAAUUAUUCAGAUUAGAUGCGGGUUUUCAACAAUAUGAUUGGGGUAAGAUUGGUUCUUCUUCAGCUGUAGCCCAGUUUUCUGCACAUUCCAACCCAUCAGUCAAAAUCCACGAAAACGAACCAUAUGCCGAAUUAUGGAUGGGUACCCAUCAUAAAGUUCCAUCUUAUAAGUCGGGUACUAAAAAACCUUUAAAUGAGCUAAUUGCUGCUGACCCAGAGCAUAUGUUGGGUCAAGGCAUUAUCAAUGAAUUUAAAAGCAAAAACCAAUUGCCAUUUUUAUUCAAAGUGUUAUCUAUUCAAAAGGUUUUGAGUAUCCAAGCCCAUCCAGACAAACAAUUAGCCAGACAACUACAUGCUGCUGAUCCAAAAAAUUACCCAGACGAUAACCAUAAACCAGAAAUGGCCAUUGCUGUCACCGAUUUCGAGGGGUUGUGCGGGUUCAAGCCUUUAGAUGAAAUUGCUGAUGAGCUAAAAAGAAUUCCUGAAUUUAGAUCCCUAGUUGGUGAAGAAACAAGUGAAAAAUUCAUCAGUGGUGUUGAAAGUGGCAAUGAACAAGAAAAUAAAAAACUAUUGAAAGCUGUUUUUAGUAAAGUUAUGCAUGCUCCAGACUCUGAAGUUAUUGAACAUGCCUCAAAAUUGGUUAAAAGAGCUGAGGAACAUCCAGAAGAUUUUAACAAACCAGACUUACCAGCACUAUUAAUCAGAUUAAAUAAACAGUUUCCUGAUGAUGUUGGUUUGUUUUGUGGUGGAUUGUUAUUGAAUCAUUGUGUUUUAAAAGCCGGAGAAGCUAUUUUUCUAAGAGCUAAAGAUCCACAUGCUUACAUUACUGGUGAUAUCAUUGAAUGCAUGGCUGCUUCAGAUAAUGUGGUCAGGGCAGGUUUUACUCCCAAAUUCAAGGAUGUGGAAAAUUUGGUCAACAUGUUGACUUAUCAAUACGGUAACGUGGAAGCUCAAAAAAUGGCCUUGGAAAAUUUUCCAAGAUCUUCUGGUGAUGGCGAAACCGUCUUGUAUAACCCUCCAAUUGACGAAUUUGCUGUAUUGCAAACCACCUUUAAAAAUGGUACUGGUAUUAGAAAGUUCAAAGGCUUGAACGGGCCUUCAAUUGUUAUUGUCACAAAAGGUAAUGGUUAUAUUCAAGCAGGAGAUGUCAAAUUAAAGGCAGAACCAGGUUUUGUAUUUUUUAUUGCUCCACAAACAGAGGCCGAAUUCAUUGCUAACGAUAAAGAUUUUACAACCUAUAGGGCCUUUGUUGAACCUAAAUAA